CAUAGUUUUGAUAUUAGAGUGGGAGACAUGGAAAAAUAUCGUUUGUUGAAGUUGUUUCUUGAUAUCUUUGAGGAAUCAGUUAAGCAAGAUGUUUUUUUGCCUAGUACCUUUAGCUUGUAUGUUGAGGGUCCUUGUGGUAAGGUUGAAUUGAAUGAUGAUAAGACUUUAAGGCUUCUGUGGGGAUGGAAUUGGGGUAAAGACACUGCUGAAAUUUGGGUUGAGGGAACAGAUAAACCAGGAUUGGUGUUUAGGAAUGCUGUUGCAACAAUUGAGAAUCAUAGAAAGGAAAAAGAGAGACAACUUAAGGAGAGACAAGAGGAACUGUUGAGGGCUCAAAGAGAGGAGGAAGAGGCAAUGAGGAAACAACAGGAAAGGGAGGACAUUUUGAGGGAAAUACAGGAACAAAUGGAGUACACUGUGGCUAUGGAGGUCCCUGUUGUUGAUUGUGAGGACAUGAAGGUUGAGUAUGUGAGAGUCAUUAGCAAAGAUGAUGCUGAUGAGGUGUUUCCAGGUUGCUCUCAACCACAACAAACACAAGAAUCCCCAAAGAAACAACCCACCCCACCCAAACACACAAAUCAUGUUGCUUCUAAGUCAAAAGGCAAGGAUAAGCCUGCUUCUAAGAAACUAACCCCCAAAAGGAGGGCAUCAGCUAAACAACCCACCCCACAGAAACAACCCACCCCACCUAAACAACCCACCAAACAACCUACACCACCACCCCCACCACAGAAAGAACCCACCCAACCAAAACAACAACAACACACACCACCACCAGAACAUCCCACCUCUCCACCACAACAACAACAACACACACCACCACGAGAACAUCCCACCUCUCCACCACAACAUCACACCCCUCCACCACCACCACAAAAUCCCACUCCACCACAGAACAACCAAACUGAUGAGCCUAACAAUCAAGCACCACCUGAUCAAGCUCAGCCAGUGAAAAAGAAGGGGGGCAGAGCUAGACCUGAGGGGUUUAGGGUUAACAAAGUCACUGCUAAGAAGGCUGGAACUUGGGUUUCCAAGGGAAAGGGAAAAGGGAGAAAGGGUACAGGAAGGUCUAAGACACCAGGGGUUUUUGCUGAUGUUGGUGAGAUAUGUUCAGAAGAGGAGAGUGAGGAUUCUGAUUAUGAGGAAUCAGAUUCUGAACAAGAGGAUGUUCUGAAUGAUUGGAUUGAUUCUGAUGUUGAUGAUGAGGUGAUUCCUGAUGAUAUUCCUGAUUUGGGGUUUGAGGAUUGUCUAAAUGGUUCCUCAAAGAUGGAUAAGGCCUAUAAAAAUGGCAAAAUAUGGACUGAUCAACCAUAUGGGUCCAUUAAGUUAGAACCCUGGUUGAUCUUUCAUGAUAAGGCCACAUUUCUUGAAGUGUUGAGAAGUUACUGCAUACAGGAGGGGUUUGGGCUUAGUGUUGAGAGGGCUGACAAUAGGAGGUACACAGCAGUGUGUGCAGUGGAGUCAUGUGACUGGAGGAUACAUGCCAGUAGGUUGUUUGACAAUGUUAGCUGGGCCAUUAAGGUGAUCAGUGGGUCCCACAGAACUUGUGGGAGGCUUGAGGAGAAUCCAGUGGUGACCUCUGAGUGGUUGUGUAAGCAUAUGUUGGGGGAAAUAGAGGCAAAUCCAGAGAUUCCAGUGGAGACAUUGAGGAGGUAUGCACAGGAGAAGUUUCAGUUGAGGAUGAAAAAGAGGCUAUUGUACAAGGUCAGGAGUAUGGCAAAGGGAAAGCUGCAUGGUGGUUGGGCUGAAGCAUAUGAGCUGUUGCCUAGAUAUGCUGAGAUGAUUAAGCAAACAAACCCAGGGAGUCAUGCUCUUAUAACAUGGGGGGCCAGUAGUGGGGAUGUGAACCCAAAAUUCAGAGCUUGCUUCUUCUCAUUUGCUGCACAAGUCAGGGGGUUUCUAAGGGGUUGUAGGCCCAUAAUUGGAAUAGAUGGGGCUCAUUUAAGUGGUUUCUACAAGGGCAUUCUACUGACAGCAGUUGGCAUAGAUGGGAACAAUGAAAUUUUUGUUCUUGCCUAUGGGAUAGUAGACACUGAGAGUUGUGACAGUUGGACCUACUUCAUGAGAUGUUUGAGGCAAAUGUUUGAGCAGGAGGGUUGCAACAGAGAUGAUUGGACCUUCAUCAGUGAUAGGAUGAAGGGUGUUGAGUUGGCAGUUAGAGAAACUUUUCCUAGAGCAACUAGGAGAGUUUGUUGCCAACACCUAUACAUGAAUUGUAAGAACAAUGGCUUCAGUGGAUCUGCAUUCCACAAGCUCUUUUGGAUAGCUGCUAAUGCAUACAAUGAGUAUGUGUUUGCUAAGGCCAUGGAAAAGAUCAGUGAGUACAAUGCAAAUGCCACUGCAUACUUGAACAGCUGCAUUGAGCAGUGGUCUAGGCAUAAGUUUGACUCUACUGUUUGUUGUGAUCACAACACAACAAACUUUGUGGAGUCAUUCAUGCAUGCACAAAGCCCUUCAGAGACAUGCCUGUCUUCUCAUUAUUGGAAGCAAUCAGAAGUUGGUGUAUGCAGAGGGUGGGGGCUAGAUUUGACAAGGCAGUUGACAUGGAGGAAGGUCAGCUCACUGCAUAUGCAUUGAAAGAGUUAGAGGAGAGGACAGCUGAGUCCAGGUUAUGUUAUGCCACAACAUGUGGAGGGGGUGAAUUUGAGGUUAGGGAUGGACAUGUCAACUUCCCAAUUAGGCUUGCAACAAGAAGUUGUGCCUGUGGGAAGUGGCAGAUCUGUGAAAUCCCCUGCAAGCAUGCACUGAGGGUCAUAUAUGACCAAAGGAUGAACCCCCAUGAUUUCAUAUCCCCAUGGUUCAAGGCUGCUGCAUACAAGCUAACCUAUGCAGAACAUAUUCAUCCUAUGGCAGAUCCAUCUCAGUGGCCUGACUUUGGCCUUCCUUCCAUUCAGCCUCCAACCAUCAAAAGACCAUCUGACAGACCUGCUAAGAAGGGAAAGAGAGGGGCAAAUGAACCAAAGAAAGGGAAGAGGAACACAAAUGUGAAAUGUGGAAAGUGUAGAGAGUUUGGUCACAACUCAAGAACAUGCAAGAGUGGAGGAACAAGUGCCACUGGACCAAGCACUUCAAAGAGUGGUGCAGCAGGAGCAAGUACAUCAAAUGGGGGACCAAACACAAGGAAGAGGUCAAAGGCAGCUGCAUAGUCACCUCAGUUGGCUAUAUUUUGUGAAUUGUAGUGCACAAAGCUAAACUAACUUAGUCAAAUCAGUUUAGUUAGAAUCAGUUUUUGGAAACAGUUGUGCAGAGAUCAUUUUUUGGAAACAGUGAAAUGCUUAGAACACCUCUUUUUGUGCAGUUCAGUGGUGUUUGUCCACUUAAAGUUCAGUUUAUGUAAAGCUUAUUUGCUUGAACAAGUAUUUAUGGAACAAAGUCUCUUUAUUUCAUGAAA